AUGUUUGCCGUCUGCGCGCCGGACACCCCGUUCCGGCAGGGCCGGGGGGGCCUGGUGCUGGGCACGGCUGUCCCGGGGGCCGGGCACGGGCAGGACUCCAACUCCAACUUCGUGGGAGAGGUGUGUGACAGCAAUGAGAACUGGAGCCGGCCAGCACCGGGGUCCCCGCCGGAGGAGGGCUCCAGCCGGAGCGAAAACACGACAAAUCCGUCCGAUAAUCUGCUGUUAUUAAUGCAGAGACAGAUGGUCCAGGGCCAGCUUAGGGACGCCGUCCCGAGCCUGGGCGCCGCGCGGCCGCGUCCCCCCGAGCCGGGGGUGCGCAGCCCCCCCGAGGGAGCGGAGGUCGGCGGGGCGGGGGGCCAAAACGCCGCCGCCGAGGAGCCGGCUGGGGGAUGUGGCAAGCCCCCGAGCUCCCCUGCGGAGGACAACGGCUACACCAGCAGCUCCCUCAGCAUCGACAGCCCCGACAGCACCUGCGGGAGCUCCUGGGACCCUCCUGCCGCUGCCCCCCUCCCUGGGAGCCCACCCCAGCCAGGGGCGGCCGAGCCCGAGCCGGGGACCCUCUUCCCGGCACUGGCAGAGGCCGUGCAGCACCUCCAGGACAAGGAACGCUUCAAGGAGCGGGAGAAGGAGAAGCACCACAUCCAGCUGGUGAUGUACCGGCGCCUGGCCCUGCUGCGUUGGAUCCACGGCCUCCAGCAGAAAGUGGUGGACCAGCAGAACCGGCUGCAGGAGAGUUUCGACACCAUCCUGGACAACCGCAAGGAGCUCAUCCGCUGCAUGCAGCGCGGCCCGGCGUGCCCCGCUGGCGCGGCCGCCCCCAGCCCCUGA